CCUGCAUUGAUGGCGCUGUGGCGCAUAUGAUGUCUGCAAGCGCUGAUUGAAUAAAACCGCCGAAGAAGAAGCGCUGCAGCUGUUCAUCAUAAGAGUGUUUGACAGUGUAUGGUAGUUUUCUCUCUUUAAGCUGACAUCUAUUCAGUCUUCAGUUUUAGUGGGGAGUUGGUGCAGCUGCAACGAUGUCCAAGCAGAGCACAUUGACCGCAGCUGUGGCCACUAUGUUAGGAGCCACUCUCGGUGGUCUUUUCCUCUGGCGCAGCAUCCGCACUCAGAAGAGAAAGGCCCUGAAGGGCCCCGCUUUGGCUGAGCCUGUACAAGCCCAGCUAGUAGCGGAAAUCGCCCCCUCACCAGAGCCGUCAGCACCGCCACAAACCCAGAAACUUCUGCGCACACAAACAAUGUUGGAGGUGCCGCCUGUGAUCGUGAGUUCUCUAGAGGAGUGGGAAGCGCUUUGGCCUGCAUUUCAAAAGGACCUUUCGGUGUAUCCAGUUUUGGGAUUGGACUGUGAAUGGGUAAAAAGCAUGCGUGUGUCUGUCAAAGGCAAGGCCUCUGCGGUUUCCUUACUCCAGUUGGCGACAUUCUCCGGCCGCUGUAUGCUGGUCAGACUGCUGAUGUUUCGUAAUGCGCAGCUUCCUCUACCUAAGGGUCUCGUGGGGGUCCUGUCUGACCCCCGUGUGCUGAAGGUCGGGGUGGGAUGUUAUGAGGAUGGGAAACGCCUGACCCAUGAUCAUGGUCUGACUCUGAGUUGCACCGUGGACCUGCGUUACCUGGCCCUCAGACAGAGGCAAGCUGUGCUGAAUAACGGCUUGAGUCUGAAGUCUCUGGCUGCAGACCUGCUGAAUGUCACACUGGACAAAUCUCUGGAGCUGCGCUGCAGUGACUGGGAGGCUGACGUUUUGACCCAGGAACAGAUGACCUACGCAGCACGUGAUGCCCAGAUCUCUAUUGCCCUGUUCCUCCACCUGCUGGGGAUGAACAAAGAGCCCCGUCUGCCCGCUGAGGGUGAAGCUGCAUUUGUCCAGCUGGCAUCAUAUUGCCAGGGGCUGGUGGAUGUGCCCUUUAGGGGACGCUAUGGCGGAGAGGGGGAAGAAGGGGAGAGAAGGCGGAGAAGCCGAAAGUCUACUGUGGAGAGUCCUGAGUCUGGAGACCAGCAAGUUCCAGACCCGCGGCGGAACAAACGCAAACCACUAGGAGUUGGUUACUCGGCCAGGAAAUCACCCCUUUAUGAUAACUGUUUCCUUCAUGCUCCUGAUGGUCAGCCACUCUGCACAUGUGACAAGAAGAAAGCAAAAUGGUACCUGGAAAAGGGUAUAGGAGAAUUGGUCAGUGAAGAUCCCUUCAUUGUCCGGCUGCUAUUUGAGCCGUCAGGCCGUCCGGACUCCCAGAAAGACUACUACCUCACAGCCAAAGAAAAUCUCUGUGUGGUGUGCGGAAAAGCAGAGUCUUACAUCAGGAAGAACAUUGUCCCACACGAGUACAGGCGCCACUUCCCAGCUGAGAUGAAGGACCACAACUCGCACGACAUCCUGUUGCUGUGCACGUCCUGUCACGCGGCUUCAAACGUCCAUGACGGGAUCCUGAAGCAGCAGCUGGCAGAGGAACACUCGGCCCCACAGGGCUGUGAGGAGGGCAUUCGGCUGCUCGAGGACGCAGACCGGCGACGGGUGCGCUCGGCCGCCCGGGCUCUCCUCAGCGCCAGCGACGGGAUGCCCGAAUCCAGAAAGGAGGAGCUCCUGUCAGUCAUCCAGAGCUUCUUCUGCAACGGACAGCAGGAGGUCAUGCAAGAGAUGCUUCAGAAAGCUGCAGCAUUGGAAACCAGGAUCUUCAAUGAGAGUUAUGUGCCACAUGGACUGAAGGUAGUGCAGGCGUAUGCCAAGCACGGUCUGCGUGGCCUAAUGGAACUGGAGCGCUGUUGGCGACAACACUUCCUGACCAGCAUGCAGCCCCGCCAUUUGCCCCCUCUCUGGUCCGUCAACCACAACCAUGACAAAUAUCUGCGCAAGUACGGUGAGGACCUUCAAAUCCAGCUCAACUGAGCUCCUCGCCACCCAAACAAAAAGAGACUUUGUGCUACAACUGCUGGAAUAGGAAGGUUCCAACUGUGUGUUUAACACCUUGGUGUCCUUGUCCUAUGUUGUUUGAGUAUGUACCAGAGAUAGACUCUCCCUGGCCACAGGAAAGCCCUGGUGUUAACUUCCAAAUGAGAAAAGAAAAAAAAAAAAAAAACCCAAGACUAAACUGUGGCCCCAGUUUGACCGGGCUCUAAGGGACCAGAUGGAGAUUGGGUAACAGACUCUUUGGGGAUCGGAAGCCACUGUGGUGAACGGCAGAAUCUUAAACUCAAGGAUGGUGCAAGAAAAGAAAUGGUGAUAGGUAAAAUAACUGCAUAAUGUGCACACUUUUUAAUGUUUAAAAUGUUGAAAAGCAUUCUCAUUUCCCUGUGAAAAGUAGAUUCUACUGUAUUUUAACCAGCCUAAACCUGCUCUUCUUAAUUCUUAAUCAUGAAUUCAAUACAAGAUUCAUAGGCAGGUUUGAGGCCAUAUUAAAUGUUUUGUUAAAUGUUAAAUCCGUUUGUCUUGAGGCUAUACAAAAUGGCCAUUUUUACUUAAAUGCCCAUAAUGGAGCUUUAUCGUUUCAGUUUAAAAGUUUUUGUUUAGUGGGUUUUGAGGAAAACUCCAUUUAUCUUUGAAAGACUGGACCAAAUUAAGCACAGCUUGGCACAUCAUCUCUGUACAAUAAUCCGUCUCAGAGUCAGGACACCUCCAAAACAUACCAGAACAUCUUUCGGUGUGUGUGUAAUAUAUAUAUAUAUAUAUAUAUAUGUACACAUACAUACCCCUGACACAUUGAAGAUAGGCUAAAAUGAUGCAAGAAAUGAUCUACAUUCUUAUUCUCACAAAUCAAGAUUUGAUAGUGCCAGUUUGUGUUGUAUUUGCAGUUACAGCCAGAGAGAUUGAGCUCCAUGGAUGGUGUAACAUAUAAAUGGCCAAAUCAAGGACGUCUGAGCCUAACAUUCGUAAUUUAACUUAAGAAACACUACAGCUUUCCUUUUUAUUUACAUUUGUCCAGAUGUAACCUAUUAAAAGCUGCUGUGUUUCCUUAAUGUCAAUAAAAAGAUUAAAUUUCAUAUCUUUAGACUGGA